GUUUAUAUGAUCAUAAAAAUAUAUGAAAAUUGAGAAACUAUUCCGAGUCAUCUGCACAUAGAUAAUUGAAUUAAACCCUAGCUUUGGAUGGAGCUCUGAGUGACAUGAUUUUUCAUCUUCAAAAAACGCUGCUGCACAAAUCCAAUAGAUUUUGAAAAAAAUGCUGAGACGAAGGUUAGCUUCACUUAUACCCACCUCCAUCCGUACUUCCCAGAAUCACUACCUUAAACCCACCUCCCAUCUCGCACCCCUACAGUUUGUGUCGCUGCAUUUUCAGCAAUGCCAGGAUCAUAUUUCCAUCUCCAGCUGUCAUCCUGGUGGUGGUGUGAGGGCUUACAGCAGCCUAUUGGCGUUGAACGAUUUGAGGGACAAUCCAGGGGCUCGAAAGCAGAAAACUCGCAAGGGGCGGGGAAUCGGGUCGGGUAAGGGAAAGACUGCGGGCCGUGGGCACAAGGGUCAAAAAGCCCGCGGCACUAUGAAAUUUGGGUUCGAAGGUGGCCAGACGCCACUCCGUCGACGCCUCCCCAAAAGGGGCUUUAAGAAUCCCUUCACUCUCACGUUUCAGCCUGUUGGGUUAGGGAAAAUUGCAAAACUGAUAAAUGCUGGGAAGAUAGAUUCUUCAGAGUUGAUCACAAUGAAAACUCUCAAGGAUUCAGGAGCAAUAGGGAAGCAAAUCGAAGAUGGAGUUCGAGUGAUGGGACGUGGGGCCGAACACAUUAAAUGGCCUAUCCACCUCGAGGUUUCUAGGGUGACCGUGAGGGCAAAAGCGGCAGUUGAGGCGGCUGGUGGGUCUGUGAGGAGAGUGUACUACAACAAACUAGGGUUACGGGCCCUGCUGAAGCCCGAAUGGUUUGAGAAGAAGGGUAGGUUACUCCCAAGAGCAGCAAGGCCACCUCCCAAACAGAAAGAUAAGGUCGAUAGCAUUGGCCGCUUGCCUGCCCCCACAAAACCCAUACCUUUUACCAAUGAUGAAGAAAAAGAGGCUUCAACAAAUGCCACAUAAUGUCUUUUUUAUUUUCCUUUAAGUUGUGUCCUCUGGUUAUCCUCUUGAAAUUGUGUAAAAGAGGAACUUUGGGCGCAGUAUAAUGUAGCCGGUUGUAUCGCGUGGGACGAUAAUUUAGGGCUGACAAUUUUUUAUAGAAAACCGAACCGACGAGAAAAUAAACCAAACUGUACCUAAUCACUAUUGUUUCAAUAUCGAUUUUGAAC